CCUGCCCCUCCAGCGUCCAGUUGCCGCCUGGAGCGGUCGCCAUGGUGACAGCGGACGCCGUGCGGCCUAGCAGCGCCCGCCAUGGCUGCCUACGGGCCCGGGGUGCUCAUGGGCAACUGGAAGGAGGAGGCGUGCCUGGAGGAGGAGCGCCUGAGGGACUUCAUCCAGAAGAGAGAACGCGGGGAACUUCUAAUGCAGAAAAUCAACAGACUUAAGGACAAUCUUUUCAAGAAGGUGCAGCUGUCGGUGUCUAAGGAUGGAUUUGUUUGUUUUGGAGACACGGUGAUGCUCCUGAGCCCGGACAAGGAGCCCCUGGUGCAGCACGACGCUGUGGCGCGUGGUGAGCUGACGCUGGCCGUUAACCUGGAGGAGGUGUCCGUGUAUUCGCCCGUGUCGCUACAAGCGCCCUGUGCACUGAGCGCCGUCACAACGGUGGACCCCGAAGGGCGAAAUACAUUUUGUAUUUUAAGUGUUGAUGGAGGAUCAGUGGGUGAACCUGUUAAAUUCGGGCAAAAGUUUGGUCUUGGAACAACAGGAGGGUUUUCUGAUCCUAUGUUAUAUCUAGCAAGUGACCAUAAAUCAUUUAUGAGGUUUGCCAAAAAAUCUUACCUUCAGCAAGUGUUUUUGACAGAUGAACUUUCCUAUUUGACAUGCUGGCAAGCUACCUUCUUGGAUCCACAACUGCGUCUUGAAUAUGAAGGACUUCCAGUUCCUGCAAACUCUAAAAUCAUUAUUACUCAUUGCCAUACUAAUAGGAGCUUAGCUGUUCCAAGGAACUUUUGGGCAAGGUCUUAUUUUGGAAGGGAAUAUGAAGUAAUUUGUCACACUUAUCUGGACUCCCAUCGAGCUGAAGAAGACAAGAAUUACUGGGUAAUAGUUACAGGAAAUCCCGGUGAAGAGGGUGGUACUAUGAUCGAUAGACCCGAGCCUCAGCCAGGAGGAAUGAGAAAGAAAGAGUUCCGUGAAGAGACGAAGAAUAUACAAAUCCCAGAUUACAACUGACAGAGAUGGCUUAGAUUGAUUCUUAUUUUCCUGUUCAGAUUUUAGUAUUAGAAAUCUUUAUUUUAAAAAGAGAGAUGAGAAUCUACCGUUAAUAAUUUUAUACAAUCUUAAUUCAUCGGUGUUAUGUGGAUGGCAAAAAGAUGUCUAAUACAGGUUGAUGAACAGUGCACAGCACAAAAAACUCAUGAAUCAAGAAAAGUUCAUUCUCUUUCUUUCACAUUCACUGGUGGCAAAAGAAGUUGGAACGCAGUAAACUCAAUUGCACUAAAUUACUGGCCUUCAGGGUGUAUUUAACCAAUGCUUCCAAACCCAAAUCAGUGUCACCCUUUUGAAAAGAGUGAGCAUACAUUUUCCAAAACAGUAAAGACCAAACUCAUGCAAGCUAUCAUGGGAUGCUUUGACAUCUAAAGAUCAGUGGAGAGAAAUUUGGUGGUUGAGCGUGUUGCACACUCUACCAUGGGAAAGGGGAAAGGACUGCCCGAGCUGCUGGAAAAUGAACAGGAUUGAAUCAACUAUUCCUGAUUAUCAGCUUUUGUUCUGAUCUAACACAAUUUUAAGACCACAGAUUGUUCAGAGCUUGUGCCACAAUACAUAUAUAUAUAUAUUUUUUACUUUUAGGUUUUUUUUCUUAACACUUCUUAAUAUUGUCCACACGAUGGCACCACAUUCUUUUAAACACUGCGGUUAUUGCCAGCACGAUUAUUGCUACAGGUGUUAAAACAACCAGAAUGGUUUACAUUCCAUUGAGUCCCUGAUGUAAUGUCACAAAAGAUCCAGAUUAAAUCAGGCUCAAAUUCUGGGCUAGGAGGUGUGAGUUAUGUUUUGUCAUCUUUUUAGAAAAUAAAAUCAAUUUAAGCAACAAAUGUAGACAGAAGAAUGUA